CAUGAAAGGAGACGCAAUGUGUCAAUAUCUUUGGAGAUGACUAUAACAUAAGAAAGUGUUCUGCAAAUAUAUUGGAACGUUACAUUGCAGAACACGGUUAACAGAGAGAAACUCAAUACUCUACAAGUAACUAACAGAUGAGAAUCUUUCAUUUUUCUGACAGAACUAUGUUUGCAAAACUGCGACAAUUCCCCGGAGUGAUAUUAAGUGAUCCAUAUCCUUCUGAGAGCUAAUAGUGGAAUUCACAGAGGUCCUUACUUAUUCAAGGUGGGAUUCUUACAUCUUCAACGUCUUCGUUAAAUACUUUUGUAGCUUUUACUAGCGGACACUCCAAUUACAGCUAUACCGAGAGUUUUAUUUGUGAUAAAUCAUUUCAUUCAGAAGCACUUUUAGUGGAAUACCAUUAUACUUUGCGUAAAUUCUUUGUGAAGAACGAUUGUAUUUCAGAAGACCACCCAUGCAGAGGACAAAUGCAUAUAAUCUGUUAGAUGUGUUAUUGGGGGGGUCAAUGAUCAUCAAGCUAAAUCUUUUUGUGAUGGUUUGAGAACAACUACCAACAAAAUGUUUCUUGAAAAUCCCUUCUUCCAGAAGAGUGUGAAAGAGGGAAUCCUCAUGAAACAGACCAGCUCGUUCCAGAGAUGGAAGAGACGCUACUUUAAACUGAGAGGAAGGACCCUGUACUAUGCAAAAGAUUCAAAGUCUUUGAUCUUCGAUGAGGUGGACCUUUCUGAUGCCAGUGUAGCUGAAACCAGUACUAAGAAUAUCAACAACAGCUUCACGGUCAUUACGCCGUUCCGCAAGCUAAUCUUGUGUGCCGAGAACAGAAAGGAAAUGGAGGACUGGAUUGGAGCUCUGAAAUCUGUGCAGAAGUGGGAGCUUAAUGAGACAACCCAGUUCAAUAUGGAGCACUUUUCAGGAAUGCACAAUUGGUAUGCCUGUUCCCACGCGCGCCCCACCUUCUGUAAUGUGUGCAGAGAGGCAUUAUCUGGGGUUACUUCCCAUGGACUGUCCUGUGAAGUGUGCAAGUUUAAAGCUCACAAACGCUGUGCCGUCAGAGCCAUAAAUAACUGCAAAUGGACCACUCUGGCAUCUGUGGCAAAUGACAUAAUAGAGGAUGAAGAUGGGGUGACGAUGCCUCACCAGUGGCUGGAAGGUAACCUGCCAGUCAGUGCAAAGUGUGCUGUGUGCGAUAAGACAUGUGGGAGUGUUCGACGGCUGCAGGACUGGAGAUGCUUAUGGUGCAAAGAAAUUGUACACAGCUCGUGUAAAGAGCAGCUAGGAAAAAUAUGUCCUCUGGGAGCCUGCAAAGUCUCUAUCAUACCUCCCACUGCACUAAAUAGCAUUGACUCUGAUGGGUUUUGGAAGGCAACAUCACCUGCCUCUUGUGCCAGUCCUCUUCUUGUCUUUGUAAAUUCAAAGAGUGGAGAUAACCAGGGUGUAAAAUUCCUUCGAAAAUUCAAGCAGUUUCUGAACCCAGCUCAAGUGUUUGAUCUGAUGAAUGGAGGGCCACAGCUGGGGCUACGUCUGUUCCAGAAAUUUUCCACCUUUCGUAUCUUGGUGUGUGGUGGAGAUGGCAGCGUUGGGUGGGUCCUGUCAGAGAUUGACAACUUAGGACUUCACAAACAGUGCCAGCUUGGGGUCCUGCCAUUGGGGACUGGGAAUGACUUGGCACGUGUUCUUGGCUGGGGAAGCCUCUGUGAUGAUGAUGCUCAACUUCUCCAAAUACUUGAGAAGCUGGAACGUGCAACUACUAAAAUGUUGGACAGAUGGAGUAUUUUCACAUAUGAGUCUCCCAAACACUCUCCUCCUUCAAUUAGAGAGGAUGAAAAUGGAGAAUCUAAAUUUCAGGCGCAGAUUUCACAGUAUGCAGAUUCGGUUGCCUUUCACCUGACUAAGAUCCUGGAUUCUGACAAGCACUGUGACGUAAUUUCCUCUGCCAAGUUCCUGUGUCUUUCCGUUAAUGAUUUCAUCACAGAAGUAGGAAAAGCCUAUGAGAGGGCAGCAGAAAACCGAGAGGAAGCAGAGAAUAUGGCGAGAAAGUGUUCUAUGCUAAAUGAGAAGCUUGAUUCACUUGUUCGGGCCCUAAAUGAGGAGUCACAAGCAAUACUGACCCCUUCCCCAUGCACCCUCCAUCCUGACUCUGCGCUGAAGGAAAACAGCAAAGAAGUGAAUGAGAAAGGAGGUCAUCUGGAUGAUGUGGCCACAAUGUUCAAGUCUAAAGAACAGCUCAUGCUGAGAGCGAACAGCUUAAAGAAAGCAUUGAAGCAGAUAAUUGAACAGGCAGAGAAAGCUGUGGAUGAGCAGAACAAACACACCCAGGCUUUUAAUAACCCUGUUACAUCACCAAUCCAAAAAGAAAGUUCCGAAGAUUUCAACAAAGAAGCAGAGAGGCUGGCUUCCAGACGUCCAACUGUCUCUUCUACCACAUCCUCUAUAAUCCUAGACCGACCCUACGCGUUUAGUCCAUUGCACUUUACUGAGGAUCCCAGCUCAAUACAAUUUUUAGAAAGAUGUACCAUGAAUAAUUACUUUGGGAUUGGUCUUGAUGCCAAAAUUUCUCUAGAAUUUAACAACAAGAGGGAUGAGCAUCCCAAGAAAUGCAGUAGUCGGACACGAAAUAUGAUGUGGUACGGUGUGCUUGGAACCAAGGAACUUCUCCAGAAAACCUACAAGAAUCUAGAACAGAGAGUCAAGUUAGAGUGUGAUGGAGUGACAAUCUCCCUGCCUAGCCUGCAGGGUAUUGCUGUUCUCAACAUUCCCAGUUAUGCUGGAGGCAUCAACUUCUGGGGAGGCACCAAAGAAGACAAUAAUUUUGGUGCUCCCUCAUUUGAUGACAAAAAGCUUGAAGUGGUGGCUGUGUUUGGCAGUAUCCAGAUGGCAAUGUCUCGUGUUAUAAAUCUGCAACAUCACCGCAUAGCCCAGUGCCGUGUAGUAAAGAUUACAAUUCUGGGAGAAGAAGGGGUGCCUAUACAGGUGGACGGAGAAGCUUGGGUUCAGCCACCUGGAAUCCUGAAGAUCCAACACAAAAACAGAGCACAAAUGCUUACAAGAGAUAGGGCGUUUGAAAGCACCUUGAAGUCGUGGGAGGAUAAAAGAAAGGGGGAUAACUACAGGGCUCUGCCACGGCCGAGGCUCCAUUCUCAACAAUCAAUGGAGUACCUAACUGAGGAAGAGUUUGCUCAACUGCAACAGCUUUCUAACUCUGCAGAGAACCUGAUGAGCAGGAUCCAGGUGGCAGCUAAAGCUCACAAGGCCAUAGAACAAGAGUUGGCCCACGCAGUGAAUGGGAGCUUUGGAGUUCUGAAUGAAGCUUUCUCCAAUAAAUCCAACAAUUCACCAGAGUUGCUGAGCAGAAAUACAGCUGUUGAUGUGGCCAUUAGUAUCAAAGCAUUGUAUACAGAGACACAGGCCUUUAUGGGAAGCAAGCAGCAAUGGGACUCUCCUCAGGAGGAAGAAGGUCUGCACUGCUCCCUCAAUGCCAUCAGUCAAGACUUGGAGAGACUGGCUGAUAUCCACUGGAUAGCUCACAUUAUGAAACCAUCAGAGGAGGACAGUGUCGGAGGUGGCGGCAAAGGGAGCUUUAAACUCAGAAUUAUUCCAAAACCAAAAAAGGAAAAGGAAAAAUGUCAAAAGCAGAAAUCUAACAGCUCUUUGACUGUGGAUAAGUGGGGCACUGAGGAAGUGGCUGCAUGGCUGGACGUUUUGGGUUUGGGGGAGUACAAGGACAUUUUUAUCCGUCACGAUAUCCAGGGCUCAGAGCUGGUAUUACUGGAAAGGAGAGACCUUAAGGAUCUGGGAAUUGCCAAAGUGGGUCAUAUGAAGAGGAUUCUACAGGGUAUUAAAGAUAUCAGCAGUCCAUGUAGUGGCAUGUAGGAGACUUGUUGGAAAUUGUAUCAGUGGAGAGAAACGAUGUACCAUGCAAGGCUUAUUCACAUUGGUUACUGGCUGUGACAAGUCCUUGGAUCAAGACCAAUUCUGAAGGCCUCAAACUCCCACCAAAGACUAUGUCAAGCAAAACUCAUUUCCGGACAAGUAUUUAAAGGACGACUAUUUCAAAUCAAUAAAUUAUUUAAAUCACAUUUAGGUUUGGCUUUUAAAGCCUAAAAGAGACACUGAGGACUAUAUUUUCUGGAAAGCUUUAAAGGUCUACAAUGCAAUUUAAUGGGCCUUUGACUUUAUAGCAACUAGGUAACAUGCAGCAAGGCUUACGUUCAGCUGCAAUACCUCAUUAAUAGUCUCUCUUUAAGAGUCAUAAAUAAGAAAUAAGCUUGCCAUUGGUCUUAAUACUCACAAGAGCUGCUCAUUUGGACACUGCCAACUAUAUUCUCCCAUGUUACAACUUAGGGUUGCUACUAACCCAAUUAUUAAAAGCUCAAUAUUUAUCAUGGAAGGGCCUAAACAUGGCACUAUCUUGAUUGUGCCGGGAGUUGGACUGGACCAAGAAUUGCUGCAUGUAACAUAAAGUAAAAGAGAAAAGAACAAGAAUAAUGUUUACUUACUCUAAAUGUACUAUGUUGUUUGUGAAGCUGUGAUUUGUUAUCUGUGGGCAUAGAACUUUAUGAUCUUUGGUCUUAAGGCGUCAUAGUGAAUGUAUUUCAUUGGAGCAAUAUUUAUUGGUGGAAUAGACAUUUUGGAGUUUCUUGUGAACAGUUGAUGUCUGCUCGCUGUUCCCUUAAACCUUGAUUUACCCAUCCCUCACCUCAAUCCACUGUUUCAAAGUUCACUUAUUCAAAAGACGUGCAAUUUCAUUACUGUAGACAUUUCAUAAGACAAAAUGGCAAGAGGUAUAUUGUAUACGGCGUGGAAGACAAACAUUGUGUAACUUGUGGAUAGAAAGUGCAAUACUGGAGCAUCUAUGUGAUACAGCAAAAAUCAAGUUCACAAAACUCUGUAAAAAGUAAAAAAAAAAGUAAUUUUCCUAUAAUGUAAAGUGUGUAUGUAUUUAUACAUAGAGAGGGUUCUGGGGUAAUGUCUGUCCCUGGCUAUUGUAUCUAAAGGUGAAAGGUAUUAAAUGGCGUUCAGUGACACUCCUCAGUUCUUUGUGGGGUUGCCAGAUGACUGUACAUUGGGGGUAUGCUUACAUUUCUCCUUGCUGUUGGUAAUCUUUAUUAUAUCUUAUCCAAAGUUCUCAUUUUUUUUUUUACAAAUGCACUAAAAAGGACACUCCAGACUACAGUUGACAACUUUGUUCUUUACACACAAUGCACUAAAAAUUGAAUUUCAAAUGGAAAAUUAUAAAUAAAAUAAUGAUAAAACAACAUUUUAAUCUCCUGCAAAAAAAACGAUAAUUUUUACAAUUUUAUGUAUAUAGAGCUUCCCAAACCUGGAAAACGUGCUGCUCCUAUAGUUUUGUAUGGGAAUACUGAGCAUAUUCUAUAAAAUCUGGUUAUGCAGUU